AUGGAGGAUGCCUCCCCCAGUAAAGCGUGCGCCUUUGACCGGUUGCCCUGCUCUGUGAUCGAGUACAUUCUUUAUGCCGCAGAUGCCAACACCUUUGCAUCUCUCGCGCUCCUUAAUCAGCAAUGGAGACAUAUAUCAGAGUCCUCUGCACUAUAUGCACAUCAUUUAUCUAAAUGCCCAUCAUUCCUUUGGUCAUGCGGGGCAAGAGCCCCGCCGGGCGAGGUGGACAGCCUGUCUGACCUGAAACGUCAAUUUAUCGAAGAGGUCCGUCGGAAUGCAUUCGACGUAUUUCUUCGGCCUCGUAAGACUUUGGUGCGCUUGAUCUCGAGCUCUAUGAGCUCUUCCACAGCCUUUCCCCAGGGCGAAGUAUUCCGUUUCUCGUUCUCUGCCAAUGCGCAUAUGGUGCUAUGUAUCAGCUCAUCUCGGAUCGUUGUGCUGGCACUGGCCGGAGGUCCUGUUUCUGUCAGACAUGAGCUGCAAACUCGCCGGCGGCCGCUCGGCGCUACUAUUUUAGAUGACGGGUCGCUGCUUGCGGUUCUAUCAGAAUCUUACCGGGUCAACAUUUACAAGCUCUCCGAUGGCCAAGCUAAAAGGGUUCAAUCGAUCAUUGUAAAUGAUGCUCCGCGCGAUUUGACAUUCUCACCAACAGGCAGCGUAUUGGCCCUAUCAUUCGAGGACAGCAUUGAAGUCCAUGCGGUUGGAGAAGGGACAUUGACAACUGAGCGUCGCGCAGCACGCUGUCUGCGCGUUGAUGCACUGUCAUUCACGCCAGAUGGAUCUAUGCUACUUGGGUCGUCAGUGGACUACGCGGUAGAUGGCGUUGUGACUAUAACUGCUCCAUUUUAUACAGAAACUGGGACCGAUGCCUCGCCAGAGGAAGUUCAAAUGCGGAUGUGGACGACACAAAUCCUCUUUCCUGAAAUGGCCCGUGGGCUUACCCAUGCUUGCUUGAUUUCAGAGCAUGAUGAAGGUGACGAUAGUUGGAUUCUUGUAUACGACAUUCAAUUGGCCGCGUUCAGAGCAAUCAGAGUCAACAACGUGGAAGCAGGUGGUGUAUACUUCUCUAGUCCAUUUACGGCGGACGAAUCAAGAGAGAUGCUACCUGCUAUGCUUCCCACUAUUGACGACACCGGUGAACUUGCAGCUUUGGGAUUUCAGGACUCUGAAGUAUGGCUGUAUGGCGUGCCCAAGCGCCUGGACGUUGCUCCCACAGAUGCAGCUCCCGAUGGAAACCCGAGAAUCAUCACCCGCAUGGGUGGUGUUCAUCAUUAUUCUAGCUCUGAAACACCUCGUGAUAACCUGGUACAACUAGAAAAACUAGUUCAACAAUCCAAAGCCUUGAUUCGUGGUCGCCGCGUGACUGACAUGCAUGGUAUCACAUCAACUCGUUGGGUACAUUCGGCACCCUCUAUAAAGCCAAAGCGGCGUCUUGUUUCUGUGGCCCCUGGUGGUGUGCGGCCCCAAUUGUUUGGCGAAGAAGAUGUGCCCGUGGACGGCGGAAGAAUCCUUCUCCUGGACUUUGAAAGAUCGACAACUGAUGGCGAGGAAAUUGAGAUUGACAUCGAAGUUGGAGAAACGUCACCAACGAUGCUACUGGAGCCAGACUCUUCCCUAGAUACAGAAGUUGAAUUGCAAAGAAGACGCACACGAUUAGUCCGCAAUGACACAGAAGCCACUGGUCUUCGCCCUCGUCCAUCGACGAGAACGAUUCCGGUCCUUGAUCGACAGCGGCCUAUCAGUCUAGCAAUCCCUCCUGUACCGAAUGGAGUUAGCUCAAAUGGUGUUGUUGAUGUUCCGUAUGACAACCAGCAACCUCGCUCUGGAGAAACAAUUCAUCGCGCCGCCACAGCCGCAGCUUCGACGCGAGGACGUUAUGAUCCCCGGUAUCGCAGUACGCCCGACCAUCGCUACGUUCCUCAUGAAAGUGAUGCAGAUAACUGGGUCCCACCACCGCCACCUUAUAAACGCGAGCCAGAUUCACCGCUGCCUGAUCACUUGCAGCAAACCCUUAUGCCGGGACUGUCAAUACCACCCAUCCCAAAUAUACCACCUCAUCAUCGUCGCGAUCUAUCUACUCCAAAUAUCUCAAAUCCACCCGAAAACCCGGUUCAGAGAGCACACACUGCUCGCGUCUCGCGCCAAAGCCCAACAGACCGUCCACGGCCUCAAUCUGUAAUCAUCCAGCGAUUGGGGAAUUUUACCGGCACUAUUCGCUCUGCGAGAAGCAGGAGAGGCUCUUCAGCUGCCGCAGAGGCUUUGAACCAGGACCAGCAACCUCACGUCCCACCCAUUUCAACCCUGCCCCCGCUGCCGGCUCAUCUUACCGCCGCUCGUCCAAGCACCGCAGUGCCCUCGGUCGUUCCGACCACCACAAGCCAGCUCCCGUCACUGCAACCACUUCCAACCUUAGCCGUUCAACCCGCAGAAGAAUUAGGACAUAGUGACCUUCCAAUACCCCUGGGGGCAACAAUUCUUGGAGAGAAUUAUUUCUCAUAUGCCGUGUCAUCUCCAAAUCUUCUGCACAUUCCACAGCCACACGGAAAUGGGUUAGAUCUUGACGCAGAAGAUGAGGAUCAAAUACCCGCGAGACAAAGAUCUUUCCGGCGAAGAGUGUCAACGGAGCCCACUAGCUUACCACCGCCAGAGAACGAAGAGUGGCGGAGGCGUAUCCAGGACUGGAACGAGCACACGAUUCGGGAACGAGGUCGAAAACGAAGAAAUAAGUGCAUGGUAAUGUAG